AUGUCAGACGUCGAACCUCUUACCCCAAUCGAGGGAGUACAUCCACGUAUUUCUCUUACACAGAGUUCUUUGCCGAGGGAUUCGGUCAUUACCUACAGUUCUGAUGUUUUAAGCAGCAGUGCUGCAGAAACAGAAACUCGAACAAACACAUUUUCGAGCAAGCCAAAAUCAGAAAGCUCUCCACGCUUCUAUCGCCAGAAGCGUUUCUGGACUAUAUGCGUUGCUGUUACUAUAGUGCUCUUGGCCAUAUUUAUUCCUUUAUUUAUCCUCGUCAUUUUUCCCGCAAUCGCUCAAUCUGCCAUUGAUAGUUCUUCAUUAAGUCUUAAUCAUAUAAAUCUCACUGAUAUUAAAGAAGGUAGUGUGACAAUAGCUUCUAGUGGUAGUAUUUCCAAUGCUGGUCCUUUUUCGUCCACAAUAUCUUUCGAUGGACCUGUAUCCAUGGUUUAUAAUGAUCAAGAAAUGGGUCAAGUUAAUUUUGACACUAUCUCAACUAAUGGUGGUUCUGCAGAAAUUAUAUUAGAUGCAAGAGAAUUGACAAUCACGAACAAAGAUGUUUUUGGCAAUUUUUCACUGGAUUCCUUCACACAGGAUAAUAUAAAAAUGACUUUAAGAGGGUCUGCUCGUGUAAAAUCUGUUGGUAUAACAAGAGGCGGUUUAAAUUUAAAUAAGGAAGUCACACUGAAAGGUGCUAACGAUUUUCCUAGUGUCAAUAUAAUAUCAUUAAAUAUUGAACAGGAUCCUCAGAAUCCUCAACUCGUAAAAUUAGAACACGUUGCUCAAUUAUAUAAUCCAUCUAUUUUUUAUAUAAAUAUGGGCCAAUAUGGCGCAGAAGUUACUUAUAAUAAUUCUCCCAUUGCAAAUAUGGUGGUUGCGAAUUUCAUAUUAGAGCCUGGUAUGAACAAUAUUUCUAUGACUGGUUAUGCAAUUAAGCCAAAUUCUGUUCAGGAUCUUGGUAAUUUAGGUAGAGUUAUGCAAGCAUAUGUGGCAAAUAGUCCAAUAACAACACAAGCGAAAGGUACAUUUGCAUAUCCAGAUAAUGUAAAUUCUGUAUCAUGGCUUACAUCAGUAGUUACUAGCCUGACAUUGAACGCUGUCAUCGGUAAUAGCACUACUGGACCUCAAGUAAUUACAGGCUUAGAUCUUGGUCAACCUAGUGUAAAUUUUGAUGGACAAUCAAGUUAUGCGCCUUUAUUCUCUGCUAACAAUGUUACUGCCACUUAUAAAUUGCCGUUUAAUAUCAAUUCAAGAAUAUUGCAAGUUUCACAAGACAUUACGCUCCUCACUCAAGAUAAUCAACCAUUUGCUAAUCUUACUACCAGCUUCAGUAAUGUAACUUUUGAUAAUGGUACUGCAAUCAUGAAUAAUAUUUCACCAAAUCCACUCUAUGUGGUUUCUGAUAACUAUAAUCAAUAUCAAGAAUUUUUGUCAACUUUAACAAAAUCUGACCAGGGAACACUGAAUAUAAUGGGUCACGCUAAUAUUGUGGCUAGUACAGUUUUGGGUGAUAUUCCAAUUAAUGGGAUUCCAUUCAACCUUUCUACUUCAUUACAAGGCUUCUCUAAUUUUUCAAAGGUCGCCCCUACUAUUAACCAUGUAACAAUUAUUGAUGCUACUUCAAACUAUAUGCUUCUUGGAAUUGAUGCCACUCUUUACAACCCUUCAAGUAUGUCUAUUUCACUUGGUAAUACAAGCUUUAAGGUCGUCUACGACAAUACAGAAAUUGGUUUAGCUUAUGCAAAUAUGUCACUUGGACCUGGCCCUAACAAUGUUAGUCUCCAAUCAACCGUGGAUCCAAACAGUUCCCCCCAAGCUUUUCAACUUGUAUCAAACUUCAUGAACAACAUCAGUUCGAACGUUACUGUCUUAGGUUAUGAUGGUUCAAGUGGUUUUGAGAGUUUGAAACUUGCAUUUGAAGGUUUAACCAUGAAUACAAGCUUACCACCUUUGAAAACUCCGUUGGUUAAGAAAUCAACCUUGCAUAUUCAAGACACUACAACAAGUGAUCAUAUAGCAACAGGAAUUGUGGAUAUGGCGAAUCCUUUCGAUGCUGGAUUCAAUAUUCAAUCACUUGAAUCAACCAUUACUGCUGAUGAUUUACAGCUUGCAACAGUCUCUCAAUCAAAACUUGAUAUUAAUAUUCCUGGAAAUAAAACCAUUACUACCAAUUUGCCAAUAUCACUUACCCUUGAUCCUGUUGUACUUUUUGGUCUUUUACGUCAAGAAGCCAAAACAAAAAAUAUGAAUACCGAAGCAAUUGAUGCCUUGAUAUCUAUAGGUAACAUUCAAGUACCAGGGGUACCUCAAAUAGAUAUUAGUAAAAUUAAUCCGCGCAUUUUCGAUAAUUUUGAUGUUGUUCAGUUCUCUAAAUCUGCUAUGAGUAAUAUGAACACAACCAUGAACAUUUCAGCUACUGUCGAAAUUAUUGGUAAAUCUGGUAGUUACCAAUUAAAUUCUCCGUUGCCUAUGACUCAAAUCGUUACCAGCAACACAGAUGAUAGUCUUGAAAUAAUGAUUAAAUUCCUUUCUAUACCAAUUGCUACACAACUAGUAGCUGCAUCAAAUACUGAUUUCACUAGUAUUCAAAUUCAAGACCCGAGCGAAACAGAAUUUACUGCUAUAAUGAGUGGAUCAAUUGUUGCUUCUUUGGCACUUAAUGCUCGUAUUGCUACUCCAAAUGGUCUUUCUAUAGUCUUUAACGAUAAAACCAUUGGUGAUGUUAACCUCCCACCCAUCUCCAUUGACCGAGGAACUGCGAAACUUGAUAAUGUAAAAUCCAAAUUUACAAUUAAUGACAAAGAUGCUUUAGCAGACUUCACUCGACAAUUCUUACAAGUAGAUACCAUCACAUGGACAAUUACUUCACCAAAUAUAACUGUUACUGCAUUUAAACUCGAAUUAACUGGUGUUCAAUUUAAUCAAAAAAUUCAAUUAAAUGGUGCUAAUGGAUUCAAAAAUGCUGUUAAAAUUAACAAUUUUCAACUUCCGGGAGAUGCUCCUGAAGGUGGAAUUUCAACUACCAUUGAUUCUACAAUUUCAAAUUCUGGUACAAUUGGUAUGAAAUUGGGUACCGUUUCCUUUGAUGUCUUCUCUGGUGAAACCAAGAUUGGUGAAGUUUCUGCUGAUGGUUUUGUCCUUAAACCAAAGGGUGUUUCAACUCUUAAAUUAAAUGGUCGUUUAAUUCCUCAAUCUGGUGUUGGUUUGCAAGUUAUUGAAAAGAUGUUCAACGACUUUCUUGCAGAGAAGGAAAUUCCUGUUUCAACAAAGGGGACAGGUAUCAACCCUCCAAUCAGUUGGGUAGAUUCUGCAUUUAAAUCACUUCUAAUAGACACAGUUGUUCCAGUUCAAAAAAUUCCACCUCUUCUUCCCGGUAUAAAUUUAAAUGAAAUGAGUCUAACUUUUACACCAGACACUGCAUAUGAUCCUGACUCUUCUUCAAAAAAAAUCACGGCUGACGUAAGGAUGCCUUUCGGGUUCACAUUAACCAUUAAACAAGUUUCACAAGAAGUUGAUAUAGUUAAUGAUGGCGUACAUAUAGCCAAGCUUACCCUUCCUGAAACACCUACAUUUUCAAAGAUUGAAAAUCAUAAAGGAACUGUCGUUAUUUCAUAUGAACAUAUCCCGUUAAAAGUAUUUGAUGAUGCACACGACAAUUUUGAUUCAUUUGUUAAAGAUUUAACCAUUAAGGAUUCAGUAAAGUUUGGUUUUAAUGGAGCUACAGAUGCUUUCAUUUCAACACCUGUUGGAGAUAUAACAAUUAAUAAUAUUCCUGUGAAUGUCAUUAGCACAUUGCCUGGAUUUCAAGGUUUUAACACGAAAUCUAUACCAGUUAAUAGUAUAGAUGUCACAAAUAGUACUUCAGAUUCUCUUACUAUACCAAUUACUACUGCUAUAUUUAAUCCAACCAACAAUACGAUCAGUGUUGGUGAUGUGAAUUUUGACUUUCUCUUUGAGAACCAAAUACUAGGAACCGCUUUGAUUUCAGGAUUAACUAUUAUUCCAGGAGAUAAUCCAAUCAGUUCUAUUGUCACAUUCAAACCAACAACAAAAGCUGCUAAAAUAGCAGGUUUAAAAAUGUUUUCUAAUUUUAUAUCAAAUGUAUCACAAACAACCGUCAUUUCUGGUUCAGAAAAAUCAACAACAGUAGAAAGUUUGAAAGAUGCAUUUUCAGCAAUAAGCAUGUCAAAAGUAUUACCGCCUUUAUCCAAACCAUUAAUGGGUCCUUUGUUCCUUCACAUUGAGAAUACCACACUGACAAAUAAAGUUGCUAGCGGUAGUUUCUUAAUGAACAAUCAAUUUACAUCUGACAUUUCUAUGACGACUAUUAUCAACGGUACAGUUACGUUUCAUGGUCUCAACCUUGGAUUGAUUAAUGUCAAUUCUCCAAUCCCAAUUACCUUUAAAGGAAAGUCUGUUACAAAAUCACCAGAGAUCCCCACAGUUCUUAAUCUCGACCCGAAAACUCUUGUUACCAUAAUUAAACUUGCAGCUAAGGAUGCAGGUAUUGAUAUUAGUCCUAUGAAAGUUGAUUUAUCUGUACAAGAAGCGGAUACAAGUAUUGGUGACUUUGCAGCCCCAUUAACAAUUACCCAAAAAAAUGUGGAUGUAUCAUUUGACGAAUCUGCCCUUUUAUUAAUGGGUGUAGUUGCCGGUCCAGUUGCUCAAAAAAUUAUUGACAAUAGUGAAAUUACAAUGCAUUCUUCAUUUGUCACUGCGGAACAGCCUGCUAAAUUUAAUACUCACACGGUUGGUGAGAUCUCAAAUAUUGGAAAACUUAGAAGCAUUAUAAACUAUCCGAGUGGUUUGACCCUCACGUAUAAUAAACAAAAACUUGGUGUUCUGGAUUUCCCACCUUUAACUACCGAUGGUGAACACACUAGUUUGAUCAUGACUACUGAUACUGCAUUCAAGAUUAACGAUAUUCCGGGCUUUGUAAAGUUUUCUGGAGAUCUCUUAAGCAGUAAGAAACUUACAUUUACAAUUAGCGCUGAUGAUCUAGAAGUGGUGUCGUUAGAUUUUAAUAACCAAACAGUAACAAACCUCACGAUGAGCAAGGAUCUCACUAUUAAUGGUUUCGAUGGUUUGCAGGACGUAAAAAUCGAUGGCCCCCCUGAUAUGUCUAAUCCAGACGCCAUUGUAAUAAAAGCUAAAAUGAAUAACCCUUCAGAUGUUGGUGUCGAUAUGGGAACAGUGAAAUUUAGCUUAACAGCAAUCACAAGUAACUUAAAUGAAAAAACGGGUUUUAUCGGACCAUUAGUUGUUAACAAUCUUACAAUGCUUCCUAACUCAACAACUGAAGUUACCUUUAUCCUUAGUCCAACUAAUUUUGAUAACCUUCUUGAAUUGGCAACUUGUGGAGGGCAAGCACUUAUUAAAGGCGUUUCAGUUGUACCGAGUACCAAAGUUGAUGUUCCAUGGCUGACUAUACCGAUUCAAAACUAUAAAACUCUCCAGCCUUUUCCACCACUUAUACAAAGUGCUAAUGAUGCAUUAAUGAAAAACUUACCAGCAGGAAUUGAUUUAAGUAAGCAUACCUGCUUCAAUAAUACAUCCACACCCACAACAAACCCGAAGGAAACGCCCACAACAAACCCGAAGGAAACGCCCACAACAAACCCGAAGGAAACGCCCACAAUAACACAGAAGGAAGGACCCAAGGGAACAAAUGCACCGAAAGUAUCACCCAAACCGAAGGAAGCGCCCAAGGAAACAAAAGUACCGAAAGAAUUACCUCCAACAAUACCGACGAAAGAAAGUUAA